AAAUAAAGUCACAAAUGUUUUAGCCUGUGAUUAUUAAAGUCGGUAUUCUGUUAUUCGAAUUAUAUCCGCCAAAACACGUGGCCCAAUAUCAUUGAAUUUGGGCCCACCGGAAAAGCAAACAAUCCUGUUAUCAACCUCCGCCACUUGUCGCCGGCGCAGUCGUCUCAGUCACUCAUGGCGGUUAUUCUCGGCAACGGACCUCCUUCCAUCCUCGCUCUCCCGCGGCCUCCUCGCCGCUCCACCUACCACCGGCGACUGCAUUUCUAUCGUCAAAUUCACUGCUCCAGAAUUCUCUCCGGCAACACCAAAAUCCUAUUCAAAUCCUCGCGUUCUCGGAUCAGCAACUCUAAACGUGAUGGCGCAGACAGCUCCGAAGCCGUUCCAGAUGAUCCAAUUAGAGUUUCUGAAAGCUUAGAUAGCAAAAUUGAUGGUAGUGGAAGCUCGUUUCUCUCGAAAUUAGGGAUACUUUUGGGGAUAGCUGCUGUGAUUACACUGAUUUUAGUCGGUGUAAAGCCUCCAAAUUUGGGAACAUCAACUGGGAUUCAGUUUCUACAAGAUGGAGCCUCUCCCCCUUUGGUCUCGCCUUCUGCGGCUUUCAGUUUCCGAGCUUUUGGAUAUACAGUAUUACUACCAGAAUAUGCUCCAGGAUGGAUCUACUUUUGGCUACUCAUGGCUGCAGGGUUCGGGCUGUUUAUAAGCGAAGAGGCUUUGAAUAUAUGGGUUGGGGUAACCUUGGCAAGAUUACUUUGUUUGGAUGGGACAUGGCAAUCUCUUGUGGAUUCAUUUUCUAGAAAUGCUCCAUACAUUUUGUCCACUGUUUUGUGGGUAUACUGGGGAGUUUGCAUCAGUGAUAUGAUACCAUUUUACCUUGGGAAAAUGUUCAGGCAAUCCAAGGCAUCUGAUGAUGUUCUUUCAAAGAUAGGGGUUGGUGAAGAGAAAGCUAAGGAAAUUUUGGGCACUGUACAACGAUAUGGAAAUCUUAUUGGAUUCGUGGAACGAUUCUCUCUUGGAGUAAGAAACCCCACAGCUUUUCUUGCUGGGGCAAUGGGUAUAACACCAGAGUGUUUCUUUUCCGGCGUCUGCUGUGGUGGACUCGUGACUCUUCCAAUACAGUUGGCAAUUGGAUUCUUGCUACGAGAACGUCCAGUCUUUGCGCUUGCAACUGUUGCCACUGUAGUUGGAAUCUGGACUGUGUUUCCAUAUGCUUUGGCUGCUCUGACAGGACUGUUCCUCUAUCUGCGAAGCCGCUACUCAAGUUAGCUAUGCUCGAGUUUCGCUUAGCAUUAGGCAGUAUCAUGAUAGGUUGAUAGGAGAUUACUCUUGUUUUACUAUUCUCUUCGUGUUCGAGCAGCUGUAUAGUGCAAAAGAUGAGAAUGUUUAUUAUCACAACAGUUUCUUUCCUGAUAAAUGCAGUGUGAAGAAAUACAAAUUCUACAUAAA